AUGACAAUCAUCGCAGACGAAAUUCCUAUUAAAAGAAUUAAAUUACCAAUUGAUGUUUCAUUUUGGGAAUCAACAAUUGCUUACAAUAGAGUAUUUCAAACACUUCAUUUAUUAAAUGAUAGUAUUAAAAGAAUGUCAUUUGAUUCACCCAAAAUUAAAGUAACACCAAAAAUUGAAAGUAUUCUUAAACAAAUUGAACAAUUAAGUAAAUUUAUAGAUGAAAUUCCACCAAUAAAUUUAGAAAAAAGUAGGUAUGGAAAUAUUAGUUUUAGAACAUGGCAUAAAAGAGUUGAAGAAUAUAGUGUUGACUUUCAUAAAGCUAUUUUACCAGAAGAGUUAUAUCCAUUUAUAUCAGAAUUUCAUGGAUAUUUAAUGGACUCAUUUGGUUCACCAGUUAGAAUUGAUUAUGGAAGUGGUCAUGAACUUCAUUUCUUUUGUUGGAUAGUUCUUCUAGUUCAAUUAAAAGUAAUUAAUGAAGAAGAAUAUCCAGCAAUAAUCCUUAAAGUAUUUAGAAAUUAUUUAUAUCUUUGUAGAAAAUUACAAAAUGUAUAUCGUCUUGAACCAGCUGGAUCACAUGGUGUAUGGGGAAUUGAUGACUAUCAAUUUUUACCAUUUAUUUUUGGAUCAGCACAAUUAAUAAAACAUCCAUAUCUUAAACCUGAUUCAAUUCUUGAUAAAAGUCUAGUAUCAUUAUAUGAACAUGAUAACUUCUACUUUGACUGUGUUGCAUAUAUUUAUAAAGUUAAAAAUCGUGCUCCAUUUUUUGAAAGUUCACCUGAUUUGUUCAAUAUUUCUGCCGCAGAAAGUUGGGAAAAAAUUAAUAAAGGAAUGUUUACAAAAUACCAUGCAGAAUGUCUUGACAAAUAUCCUAUUGUCCAACACUUCUUAUUUGGAAAACUAUUACCAUAUGAACCAUUAGUUAGAGGCUCAACACCAAAACACGAAGAAGUAAAAGAAAAUGCACAAAUAAAUUGA